GCUAGAUGUUUUUCAAGUCUCUCGACCUGACGACUGCAUUGCGGCCUUUACUGUUGCCUGACGAGACUCUCCUCUUUGUCCAGGAUGCGGUGGGCUUGUAUGAAGGGAAAUACAAGAUUCCCAACUUCCAGAAUGGCCAUGCCUACUUGACAUCGCACCGAGUAUGCUAUGUGGCUGCUGAAGACCCUCGUAACUAUUCCGUGGGGAUCGACCUGAAGGAGAUCGACCGGGCAGAUUAUCAGGCUGGCUUUCUGAAAUCGUCACCGAAGAUUACAAUAUACCCCAAACCCCAGAAGAACAAGAGCGACAAGUUGCGAAGCGCAAAUGCCAGUCCUGCCGUAUCGCAGUCCACCCUCCAGCCAGUCAAGCCGCUCUCCCCGCGCCCUCAAUCCGCCGCACCAUAUCAAUCACCUUCCCCGAAACCAGUCAACGCGACAUGGAUAUGUCCUAUAUGCUCAUUCUCCAACCCUGUCCCCUCGAACUUUGACACUACGACAGCUUCCGCGACGACUCCCAUACCACCAUGUCUGGCCUGCGGCAUCAAACCACCGUUCACGACAGUCCUCAAAGCGGCGAUUAGCGCGGCCACCGGCUCGGCCACCAGUCGAGAUUUACCCUUACCUACCAUGAAACCGGUGCCGGUUGAAAAUAGCACCGUCACGAAGAACGCUAGCUGGACCGACCCUUUAGGGAAUGGAUCGGUGUCGUGCCAUCGGUGCACCUUUGUGAACCACCCCUCUCUCAUCGAAUGCGAGAUGUGUGGGGCACCGUUGAUAUCAGCCCCGACUUCGAAUAGUGGAUUCGAUGCGAGUCGUGCGGACUCUCCAGCUCCAUUCUUCGAUCAAACACGUGUCACCAACACGGAAGUGACAGAGAGCAUCAAGCUAUCAUUCCGUGCGGGUGGGGAAAAAACAUUCCACGAGAGACUUAAAGGGGCCCUCAUUCAGCGAAAGUGGCUCCUACAUAAUGCACCUCCGGUACCUCCGCCGUCGCAGACAUCAUCAAGUACAACUGCUACUACGGCCUUGGAAAGCCCUCAGCCGGCCCCACGUGCUGCUGUGGGUAUCGCGGGCCUCGAGCAACGCGGACUUGAAGCCCGCAUGAACAAUCAACUGGUGAUAGGCAAUGCCUUUGAGGAUCUCGAGGCACUGAUGGCGUCUGCGAAACAAAUCGUGGCACUAGCAGAAACCCUUGCCAGAGAGUCUGGGAUGGCUAGCAACGAAGGUUCUGCAGAGACCAACGCGGUGUUAUCGGAAUCGGCAGCCGCAUUGGGAAUGGUGACUACGAAGGACAUGCUCAGUUCGGGAUCGGAGAACCUCUAUCUGUCGGAGCUGUCACGCAAUCUGGCCGAGUACCUGACGGACGAUCGCAAGGGAAUCUUGCAACGAGAAGGUGGUAUCAUGAGUCUGAUUGACUUGUGGGCGGUGUUCAACCGGUCACGCAAUGGAGUCGAACUCGUCAGCCCAUCCGACUUCGAACGAGCAGCGGAACUCUGGGAGAAGCUCAAAUUACCGGUUCGACUACGACGGUUCAAGAGCGGUCUACUGGUGGUUCAGCGCUACGACUGGAGCGACGAUAAGACAGUGCGUCAGCUACUUGAAUGGAUGGAUGAACUACGAGUCUUCCCACCGGAGGAGCCGGUUCCGUGGGACUGGAGGGAGGUCGGUCGGGCCGUGACGGCACAGGAAGCGGCGCAGCGCUUCAAAUGGAGUGUCGGUGUGGCAGCCGAAGAGCUCGAGAUGGCCGAGGACCGGGGGGCCCUGUGUCGGGAAGAAGGGAUCGAGGGCCUACGGUUCUGGACCAACCGAUUAUAA